AUGGCUGCUUCGGACUACUAUCCAUAUGAUCCCAGCAAGGCAGGCGCUGGUAUCAUGAUGGUUCUAUUUGGAGGAAGUGCAAUCAUUCACCUUUGGCAACUGUUCAAGAUGAAGACAUGGUUCUUUACAGCAUUUCUCGUCGGCGCUUUCAUGAUGACGCUCGGCUACAUUUUCCGAUUGAUGUCGGCGCGUAACCCAAACAGUCUUGUGCCUUACAUUGGUCAAUCAAUGUUCAUCAUUCUCCCACCCUCACUCUAUGCUGCCACAGUAUACAUGAUCUAUGGACGUAUCGUCAUGUUUGUCGGCAAACCUGAUCUAUCCAUUGUGGCCCCGAGAAAGGUUACCAAGAUAUUCGUAUCUGGCGACAUUGCUGCCUUUCUCCUACAGCUGUCAGGUGGUGGCAUGCAGGUUAUUGACAGCAUGCGUAGCAUGGGCCAGAAGAUAUUGAUUGUCGGACUCAUCAUUCAACUAGCCUUCUUCGGUUUCUUUCUCUACGUUUCUCUGUCAUUCCUGAUACGACUACGCCGGACUGGUCUGCAUGUUAUUGGUGGUCCUUGGUAUCGACUUCUUCAUAUCUUACUGCUCGUCUCAGCACUGGUUAUUGGGCGCUGCGUUUUUAGAAUCAUCGAAAAUGUUGAAGGAAUGGAUGGCUAUCUCUAUUCACACGAGGUAUACAUGUACCUAUUCGAUGCAGUGCCGAUGUUCACUGUGCAAUCUAUUUUCCACUUCUAUCAUCCUGGGAAAAUUCUGAUUGGAGCGGCUUUACCAGGAGACGAUCACUUUAGUUUGCAUCAUGUGUGA